AUGGAGAACACUAAUGCAAGGAAUGUAGAUGAGUCAGAAUCUUCUAAUGCUAGAAUAGAUCGGUUAGAAAGAAUGGUGGAAGCUUUAACUAGGUUGAAAUACAAGAAACUGAAACCACCAGAAUUUGCAGGGGGAAUUGAACCAUUAAAAGCGAAGGCAUGGGUAUUAGAAACUGAAAAGAUUUUUGAAGUGUUUCCGUGUACAGAUGUCUAUAAAGUUUUGUUAGCAACAUUUACUCUGACAGAAGAAGCUCGAAGAUGGUGGAUGCUCGUACGAGGUGAGAAUAGGGACUUAACAUGGGAUCGAUUCAAAGAGACGUUUUAUGAAAAAUAUUUUCCACAAUGUAUGCAAGAUAGGAAGAUAUCUGAAUUUGAACAGUUGAAGCAAGACACUAUGUCAGUAACGGAAUAUGAGAGUAAAUUUACUGAAUUAGCCCGUUAUGCUCCUCAUAUGGUUGAUACAGAUUACAAGAAGGCAAGGAAAUUUGAAGGUGGCUUACAUGUUGAGGUACUUGACAGGGUGAAUGUGUUGAAAUUAGAAAAAUAUGUUGACGUACUUGACAGAGCCUUGAUGGCUAAAACAAAUAUUGCUAACUUGAAAAUGUGCAAGCCAACAGCAAUGACCGAAGCAGAAAGUAAGAAAUUCAAGAAACAGAAAGUAGAAACAGCUAGUGAAUCAGUGGCCUCCGUGAAUGAAAAUUUGAACUCAAGUUUUAGUGACAACACAAAAAGGGAAAGUGGUGACAGUGUAAGUAGACCUACUUGUACGGAAUGUGGGAAGCAACAUUGGGGUAUUUGUCGCCGCGGAACUGGAGUCUGUUUCAAAUGUGGCCAAAAAGGACAUAUAGCUAAAGCUUGCCCACAUGACGGAACAAAUCAUACGUAA